AUGGAGACUAUGCCACUUAUAGGUUGGAAUUCUUACACAGAUGAAAAUCCAUUUUCAUUUACUACGUACCAAUGUUUUCCUUACAGUGGUAACAGUAAUGAAUAUUUCCCAGUGACUUUCCCCAAGGAAGAAUUUCCCAACGACAGUUAUCUAGAUUCUUUUUCUGUUGAGUACUGUAAUUACAUUCCUGACCCUUACCAAUCUCUCUGCAUUGAACCAAUGUCAUCAAGCUUGCAAGAUUAUGAUUUUUAUGAUGUGGAGAAAGGGUUUUUUGGAUGGAGCGAAAUCGACGCUGGAUUUGAAUCAGAGAAAGUGUAUUUAAACUUCACUGAUGAGAAAAUUGUGAAUGAAGUGAAAGAGGAAUUAGUGGAUGUUAAGUCAGGAGGAGAAGAGAGAAAGUGUAGUAAUGCAAAGAAUUUAUCAAGGAAGAUAAUAUCUCAGUAUUUCUAUAUGCCAAUAACACAAGCAGCUAGAGAACUUAAUGUGGGGCUCACAUUUUUGAAGAAAAGAUGUAGGGAAUUGGGUAUUCGUAGGUGGCCCCACAGGAAGCUCAUGAGUUUACAAACAUUGAUAAAUAAUUUUCAGGAUCAAAUGAAAGAGGGGGGGCUAGAGAGUGCAGAAAAGUUGAGGUAUGCGAUUGAUGCAUUGGAAAGGGAAAAGAAGGUAGUGGAGGAGAUGCCAGAUAUGCAAUUGGAAGAUGGUACAAAAAGGCUUAGACAAGCUUGUUUUAAGGCUAAUUACAAGAAGAGAAAGCUUAUGGAGGAUCCCCAGAUGUUUUAA